AUGGACACGCCACAAACAGCCGGCGGUGCCGGACUUUCUUACACCAAAGUCCUGGCGGCCGUAUUCGUCGCAGCAAUCGCAUUCCGCCUUCUCAGUGGUCCCAAGCGGGACCGUGUCAUGCCAACAUGGAUUCCCAUCGAAAUCUUCAUCGCGAGCACGUGCCUGAUGGCCGAUGGUGUCGCGCUAAAGCUGCUUUCUCUUUUCCGCCGCUACGGAGGUUCCCUGUUCGGCAUCACCUCGCAGCACCAGGUCAUCCAUAACCUGAAAGGAGUCGAGCGGCUAUUUGCUCAGCCAUUCCAUACUCUGGACCAUGAGCCGGUUGGAUACACCAUCACCAUCCGCGUCUUCGGUGGCGAGGACUCCAAGGAGAUGCGUGAUGCAUUGAACAGAUGCAAGAAAGACCUGUUCGCUGCCGUCGAAAAGGGCUUUGUAAACGAAUCUGCAUCUCUGGAAAUGAUUCAAAGAGCAGACGUCGGCACCAAAACUUACAAUCUUAUCACUUUUUCUUCGGACCCGGCAGAGCUCAACCCCUGGGAACGGUCAGCAAACCACAAGUUGAUCCAACCGGAAACGUCGACUCAGCCUGGCAUUGUAGAGGCCGGUCUCGAGAGCCUCAUCCGCAACUUCGGCACCUCCGUCGCCAUUCCGCUGCUUUACGGGUCCGACUUCCUCAAGCGCAACCCCCAGCUCAUCGACGACUUCUGGAAGUUUGACGGCGAGGUGUUCCCGCUCCGCAUGAUCGGCAUCCCGGAAUGGGCGCCCAUCAAGUCCCUGCAGGAAGGCCUUGCCGCCCGGAGCCGCGUUCUCCAGGCCCUUUACGCCCUCUAUGAGCGCAUCGACAAGCACAUCCAAGGCGAAUCCCUCGACUGCGACAUGUCCGACGUCGGCCAAGUCGCCCUCGACCGCUGCAAGGCGUACACGGCGCAAAACGUCUCGUACCGGCACCGCGGCGACAUCGACAUGGGCUUGCUCUGGGGCCAGAACGCGAACACGCAGCCGCUCAUCUACUGGUUCGUCGUGUACGUCUACGCGACGCCAGGCCUGCUCGCCGACAUCCGCGCAGAAAUCGCCCCCCACGUCCACCUCACCACCGACGCCGCCACCGGCCACGCGCGCAUCGCCAAGAUCGACUACCCGGCGCUGUCGCGCGACUGCCCGCUGCUGAAGAGCGCGUACCUCGAGACGUUCCGCCUGGCCAACGAGCCGUCGUGCCUGCGCUACGUCGGCCGCGACCUGACCGUGGCCGACGGCGACAUCGAGCACCGGCUGCGCCAGGGCACCUACAUCACCGUGCCGCUGGGCAUCAACCAGCGCAGCGCCGACGUCUACGCCGACCCGUCCAAGUUCGUGCCCGAGCGCUUCAUCGAGACGGACGAGGCGUCGGGCAAGCGCGUUGCGCGCUACGGGCCCCUCAAGCCCUGGGGCAUGGGCACCGGCAUCUGCAAGGGCAGGACCUUCGCCGAGAAGGAGAUCUUGGGUGUCGUCGCGUCGGUGGCUAGCUUGUGGGAUUUUGAGCCUGCGGAUGGCUCGGCGUGGAGGGUGCCGGAUAUGAAGCCUGGGACGGGCGUGAUGAGGCCGGUUAAGGAUAUUAGAAUUAGGGCGAAGAGGAGGGUCGUUGCUUGA